UGGAGAAUAAAUCAAGCAAAGGGGGCAAAAUAAAACGGGCAGCCAGCAGCACGUACCGCAACCUUCCGAAGAUCAGCCAGCAUCAGGCCAUGCAGAGACCACUAUCGAAAUCUUCGUCAAACCGGGUGGCUGAAAACAAGCUGUCUAGCAAGGAGAGCCCGAAACAGGAGAACGAAGGCGUUUUAGGCCCGGUGCCGUCGAACUUUGGUUUAAAUGUAUCCGCAAUCCACAGAGGCGGCGGCGGCGAAGGCACUCAUCCGAGAAGGGGCCAAAUCAUCGAUUUCCGUGGGAUGAUCCAAGAUGCAAUCAAAGGAGCAUCGAGCGAAAUUGCGUUGCACAGCCUGAACUGCAAUCCCGACCCAUCGGAACGGUUAUUAAAACCUCUUGGGGCCUUCAUCGGGAUGACCGGUGAGAUGCGAGAACUUGCUGCAGUCGUGAGCCGGGAUAUUUACCUUCAUAACCCGAAUGUACAGUGGGGUGACAUUAUCGGACUCGAUGCGGCCAAACAGUUAGUGAAGGAAGCCGUCGUGUACCCCAUCAGGUAUCCACAGCUGUUUACGGGCAUCCUUUCUCCAUGGAAAGGACUGCUCCUGUAUGGACCUCCAGGUACCGGGAAAACGCUGCUCGCCAAGGCGGUUGCCACGGAAUGCAACACCACCUUCUUCAACAUCUCCGCUUCCACCAUCGUCAGCAAAUGGAGGGGUGAUUCGGAAAAGCUAGUCAGGGUUCUCUUCGAACUCGCCCGCUACCACGCUCCCUCCACGAUCUUCCUGGACGAGCUGGAGUCAGUCAUGAGUCAACGAGGCAUCUCUCCGGGCGGUGAACACGAAGGAAGCCUGCGGAUGAAGACGGAAUUACUGGUGCAGAUGGACGGCCUGGCCCGAUCGGAUGAUCUCGUCUUUGUUUUAGCGGCUUCCAACCUGCCGUGGGAACUGGACUGUGCCAUGCUACGCAGGCUGGAGAAGAGGAUCCUGGUCGAUCUCCCCAGCAGAGAGGCGAGGAAGGCGAUGGUCCAGCACUGGCUUCCUCCCGUCAGCAACAGUGGGGGAGUGGAGCUGAGGACAGACUUAGACUACGCCGUGCUCAGUCAGGAGAUGGAAGGCUACUCCGGCUCUGACAUUAAGCUGGUCUGCAAAGAGGCGGCCAUGCGCCCCGUCAGGAAGAUCUUCAGCGCACUCGAAAACCACCAGCCAGACAGCGGGAAUCUCCCCGCAAUCCGCCUGGACACCGUCAGCACAGAAGAAUUCCUGGACGUGAUCGCUCACACCAAGCCCUCGGCGAAGAACUUGAGUCAAAAAUACACGGCCUGGCAAAGAGAAUUUGAGUCCGCCUGA